GCCCGUGAUCCGGGCCUCGUUUCCUUCAGGAGUCUUGACCUUCAUGCCCAGGUUGGGGACGCCGAGACCACCUCAGGCUCAGAGGCGGCCUGAGCGCCCCCUGGCAAACCGACCCCUCCCGCUCACCCUCGAGGCGCCCCUCCUGCCACGCGCCCACAUCGUUGAAUGGAGGCCAGGAGCUCGUCACAGAAGGGGGAGGUCUGGCGGCGCCCGAAACAUUGCGGUGGGGGCCCGUUGAGGGUAGCAGGGGCUGCCUCCAGAGGGCGUCCGUGCGUGGCCAAAAGCCCUGCCGACGAGGGCAUGAUGGAGGAGCACCGCGAGCGAAUCCACGGCCACUGGCGCCGCGGCACGUUCCCUGGUUUCGGGGAGUGCGUCGUGCACGACGGCAAGGUGGUCUACCUGGAUUUGUGUGGCUUUACCGAUAAGGAACACACUGUCAAGCUCACUGAACGCACGUUGUACCGAGGUUACUCUAUGAUGAAGCCCAUAACCGCCACGGCGUUCAUGACGUUGGUGGAGGAGGGCUUGGCUCAUUGGGACCAGCCCGUGUGGCGGUACCUGCCCAAGUUCCGAAAUCUCCAGGUGAUGAAGAAGAGCGGCAGCGGCGUGGAGCCUCUGAAAAAGCCCGUGACUCUGCGCCAUCUCAUGAUGCACACGUCUGGGCUCGGUUACGGCGCCGCCCGGGCAGACUUGUCGUUGCCCAUGGGCGCGGCGAGAACGCCGGCCGAAAAAUUGUACAAGGACUUGGUGCGCAGGCAGGAUAGUGGCGAGGUUGACACGCUGGAGAAGCUCUGCGACGCCCUCUGCGAGCUACCUCUGCUCUUCCAGCCCGGGGCGCGGUACGAGUACGGCAUGGGCGUGGACGUGUUGGGGCGCGUCGUGGAGGUGAUAGCGGGCAUGCCCUUGAGGCAGGUCAUCCGGGAGCGCGUCCUGGUGCCCACGGGCAUGCGCGACGCCGCGUGGGACGUUCCGGCGUCCAAGGCCCGCCAGAUCUGCGGCUACUACCGCAUCCUCAAAAAGUCUGGCUCGUCGCAGCGCUACCUGGAGCGCCUGGACGGCUCUACACCCGCCGACAGCAGGUCGGUCCGGGGUUCGGCGGCGCACUACGGCGGGCGCUUGGGGAACCCAGCCGCUGGGGGCAUCUGGGGCUCCUGCUUCUGUGCGCUGCACUUCUCCAUGCUGGACGUGGCGCUCUUCUGCCAGAUGCUGCUGAACGGCGGCGUCUCCGCGUCUGGGCAGAGGGUGCUGAGCGAGCCCACCGUGCGCCUGCUGGGGCGCAAUUGGCUGCAGCAGAGGCGGUCUGCGGACUCGCCUUUCCCGCCCGGCUGGGGCACCGAGGACGUCGGGUGGUCCCCGCUGGGCAACGUCCAGCUGACGGGGCCUCACGCGGGCGCCAUGUUUAUGGGAGGCAUGAGCUACUAUUGGAUGGAUCCCAGGCGCAAGAUCUUCGCGGCGAUGAUGACGGAGACAUAUUGGCAGGUCAGCCCGCUCGGCUGGAAGGACAGCCUCGACACGAUGGAGAAGGUGCUCGAGCGCGCAGUAUCGGCCUCUGCGGCGGCGGGGUCACGCAAGCGGCCCGCAGCCGUCCCCCCUGCCGGGUUCGCGGACGCGGCGCCGGCGGGCACAGCGAGGCUGGACCCCAGCGGGGCCGCCCCCGCGCGGGGGCGCCUCGCCGACCGCGGGGGCCCCGCCGCGGGCCGCCGGGAGAGCGGCCGGCUGUCCGCCGCGAGCAGCUUCGUGGAGCUCGCGAGGCACAUCCGGGCCGCGAUGGGGCGCCAGGAGGUUGACCGCGGGGCGCGCUGCAACGGCGAGCUGCUGGAGAAGGGGCGGCCCGUGCGCGAGCUCGCGCUGCCGGGCCCCCAGACCGGGGGCCAGAGGUGCGGCCAGCCAGACCUCUCGAUUCAGCUCAGACGAGGCCCCUCCCCGUGCACCCGCGCCCCCCGCCUCAGGGGCGAAUGGCCGCCAGGGCCGCCAGGGGCCCCGUGGCGGCGCACAGAUGGACCCGCGCCGCCGGGGCCCACGGGCAGGAGGGCCGGUUCCGAGGAGCGCUCGCGGUCGCGGUCGCGCGCUCGGAGCAGCGCUGGCGCGCCCCCGGGCGACGUGCAUGGCGGGCUGCCGUCGCGCGUCGGACCGCCGGCGCGCGAGGGCAUGUCGGCGGACGCGGCGCGGGGGCAGCUGGGCCGCUUUCGGCAGGUGAGGCUGUGCGAGAGGCGGGACCGGGAGAAGGUCUUGCAGCUCUUCCAGACCCACGGCUGGCCGCUCCCGGAGGACGUGAACUCGCGGUGCUGCAUCGAGGAGCUCCUCGGGCUCGGCAAAGGCAGCGCCAGGCUCACCACCCACCUCGCCUGGCUCUCCGACGCCGAAGGCGCCGAGGGCCACGCGGGCUGCGCGGCGGCCGCCAUCCUGAGCGUGUACAGAUACAGGGACGAGCGGCGGCGUGCGGGCUGCCUCGAGUUCAUCGUGUCCUCGCGCCGCGGCCUGGGUGGCGCGCUGGUCGGGCACGCGGCGUCCUUCCUGCGGGCGCAGGGCGUGUCGCGCCUCUACUCCGGGGUGGACCUGUCGCGCGAGGGCGCGCUCCCGGCGCACGUGCGGUGGGGCUUCCGUGACGUCGGGGAGGAGAUGUGGACCCAGGCCUCUCUCAAGCUCUAUUCUGCCGGGAGCGUGCGAUACAUGAUGCUGGACCUCUCCGGCGCGGGCGAUGCCGGGGAGGUGCCGCGCGAGCGCGAGUGCGAGCGCGCGGCGCACGCGGAGUGUUCUUUGGCCGCCUCGACGCGGUCGUCGCGCACGCCGCGGAGGGCAGGCCAUGGGGCCUUCGGGAAUCGCGCCUCCAGGCCGCGACGGGGGACCGCCCCGACGCUGCUCGCGAGGGCUGGCGGGCUGCCGGCGACGGUGCCCUUCCGGUCCAGGCGCUGCCUCCGGGCGGCAGGGCCUGCCUGAGCCCGCGGCCGCCCGUGCCCGGGCCCGCUUCUGUGCCGCGGCCUCCGCACAGUGAGCCCGCCGUGGCCCCGCGAUCUCGACCGCGCCUUGCUGGGCUCCGCGGGGCUGGCGCCUGCAAGCCGACGGAGGG